AUGUUUGCACUUCCUGAAUGUCACCAGGACCACUCAGGCCUGGGGUCUGUAAGUACCAUGUCCUCUAACACCUCCAGCUCCUCCUCAAGCAAGGAACAGGAGUUAAGAACAGGAGCGGUGGUGAUUGAUACAGGCAUGAGGAGCUGUAAAUCAGGGUUUUCUGGACAACAGAUACCCAUAGCCAAAAUCAACACCCUGGUGGGCUGCCCCAGUGGCUGGCCCCAAGGGUUAGAAGAUGACAGGUCCAAGGUUUUAAUUGGAGAGGAAGUCUUGCUUUACCCUGACACUGAAAUUAUUGAGUCAAUGCAGAACUGCAUCAUCAUAAAUUCGGAAGCAGCCAAAACCCCAUGGCAACAUCUGUUCAAACAUGAGCUUCAGGUCUCCUCCGAGGAGUAUGUGCUGCUCAUCACCGAGCCCCUGCUCAGCCUCACGACCCACUGAGAGAAGAAGGUGGAGGUGGUGUUCAAGUCACUGGGCUCCCCUGGCCUUUUCAUUGCCCACCAGCCUGUCCUCUCCACCUACACCCAUGGCAGAACCAGUCUGGUGUUGGAUGUAGGUGAGGCUGUCAGCCAUGCCAUGCCAGCCCGUGAGGGCUACAGCUUGGCACAUACCACUGACAGGAUGGAUCUGGUGGGGUCAUGCCUCUCCUGGUACAUGAUGACACUUUUGGGGGAUGUGGGGUACAUGCUCAGCAACAAGACUGCCCAUAUAGUGGAAGACAUUAAGCACAAGUGCUGCCACAUUACUCCCAACUUCGACAGCAAGUGCCAGGUCCUGCCAGUCAGCUGCACCCUGGAUUUUCCCCUGCCUGAUGGCCAGACCAUCAGCCUCAGCAAGGAGAGGUUUCAAUGCCCAUAAGUGCUCUUCAACCCUCUACCAAAGUGGGGUAUUUCCUAUGUGGGCAUCCAUGGGAUGGCCCAGAGAAGCCUUGACCAGCUUCCAGAAGAAAUCAGGUCAACAAUGUACAGAAGAAUCCUGUGUGGAGAGUCCUCUCUCUUUGAGGGGCUGGAGAGGAGGUUUUGCAGCAAGCUCCUCUGAAGCCUGCCCCCCAACACCGAGGUCAAGGUGGCUGCCACACCACUGCGGAGGUACUCAGUGUGGAUAGGGAUGCCCAUCCUCACCUCCCUCAAGAACUUCCAGAUGUGGUGGAUCCAAAGGGACGAGUAUGAUGAAGAGGGGCCACACAUCACUCACCAGAUAUGCUACUGA